GCCCGUCUCGUUGCAUAAUAAGAAAACUUCAGCAUAGUUUCAGACUCUGGAGCAAGACGCUGCCAAUGUAAGCAACAGAGCCUCGGCUGAAGCGGAGCUGAGGAAUUUUUGUGAGACUUUUGCUCAUAAAAACACAAGCCUCCAUGUCUGAAGGAGAGGAAAGCUGAGAGAAAGUCUGAAUCUGAGAGGGCAGUCAUGGCGCUGGUGAGAGUGGGCAGAGUGGCAGAGCGUCAGAGGGCAGAGCCUGUUUUAUUAUCCCCUCUACAUCUGGCAUUGGAUGACUAACCAAACACACUGGAACUCCUUCACGCACCACUGAAGCGUUUUGGAAUCCUGAGAUGACCCGGAGUGGUGGGAUGAGUUUGGCAGUGCUGUCCUGCAUACUGUGGCUAGCAGCUCCUGCCCUCCUGCGCUCCGAGUUCAAGGUGGCUUACGUGACAGAAAGCAAUGUUUACAUGUGCACAGAGCCGGCCUCCUGCGAGAAAAUGAACACCAGCGAACUCAGCAACUGCAGAGACCACUCAGAGGUGCUGCAGAAAACCGAAAAACCCAGCCCCGUCCAGAAGAAGCGUCUGACGGUUUGGUAUACAUCGCCUCUGAAUGUGGCCUUGUUUCUGAACAAUUCUGAAGUCCGGCAUUUGUCGCUGGUUCAGUGCAAACCUCCUGCUGAGCAGCCCGUCCUGUCUGAAUACUUCACAGUGCAGCGUUUGGAGACAUUUACCAUCACAUACCCCUUCUGGAGGCCUGGACAGAGUUAUGAUUUCGUUAUAGGGAAGGAUCGGGACGCCCCGUACCACGAGGAGGCCAGAAUCGCAGUCAUUCACACCUCUGUGCUGACCGGGAAUACAGAACUGAAGUCGUACACCAUCCAAACCAAAGUAGAUCACAGUGGCAUGAUGUCCUUUCCGGAGAUUUUCAUGUCUCGCAGUGGGCUUUUGGAGAUGUCCAGGAUAUUUGUCACAUUUUUAUACUGAGAGAAUGUUUAUUUCUCAAAUUUUAGCACUGCAUUGUUAAUGUAGGUCUCAAUAUGGGGCUGUUUGGAUAGAUAAGGAUGGGUGUGAGUACUUUGGGAUGUGUUCUCGGACAUGUUGCAGAUGAAACUGGACAGGUCUAACUGCAUUUGGUUGUUGAAACCACAUCUGUAUGCUUUACUCUUCCCAAAAUGUAAAAACUAAACAUGUGAGAGAGUGUUAUGGACUACAUCUCAGAUAGAACAGUGCUAAUGCAACACAAUGCAAUGUGUUGACUGGUUGCUAAGUGUUGAAUAAUAAAAAUUUGAAUGUUAAAUUAUUAUCAAAUGGCAGCAUUUACAACAGAGAUGCAUCACACCAGUAUGUCAGGAUGCAACCAAUACUCAUGAUGUGCCUAUUGCAAAGACAGUGUGUGUGUGCUUUCCUAUUAUUCUUGAUCUAUGCUAUUUAUCACUUCUUUAAUUACUGUAAAUAGCUUUACUUGCUCGGUAUUUGCUGGCAAAUCACUGAUGUAAGAUCAGCCAACAGUAUUAACAAGAAGAACCAACAACCAAUAGUAUUAAAAAGAUGAAUAUCAUUAAAAAUAUAGAUGUUAAUGCAGAACAGAUUUGUACACCAUCCAAACCAAUGUAGAUCAUUGCUGUUUUUUUGGAAAUGUUCAGGAAAUUCGCCUCUUUUUUCCUACAUUUUAAAUGCUGCACUGUUGAUGUAGCUGUCAAUAUGGGUCUGUUUACGCCUGGUCACUUCAUGCAUUUUGUUCCGAUAGCUAACUCUAAAUGCCCUAUGAAAUGCAUUUGGGAUGGAUAUAAAUGCAAUUGCUCAAACCACUUCAGGAGGUGAUCUGGAUCACAUUACAGAUGAACCUAAACAGGUCUAAAUGCAUCUGGCUGUUGAAACCACAUCUACAUACUUUUUCUCCCAAAAUGAGAGUGUGUUAUAGUCACGAUCCUUUUGUUUACCUGUCAUGUGUUCCAUCCAUGUGCUUUCUGUUGUCAUGUGAUUCCUGUGUUCAGUUUUCCCGCCAAUCAUUAGUUUCAUCAGUUCCACCUGUGUCGCACCCCUGCUUGUAAUCAGUUUAAUCUUGUCUUGUGUAUUUAUACCCCUCCAGUUCAACCGAGUGUUUUGUCUGGUGUUGUCAUGCUGUUCUUUUGUGUUUGUUCCUGGCCUGUGAGUGGUUUGUAAAUAAAUGUUUUUGGGGGGUAAUUCCUGUAA